AUGAUAACGUGUGUGCCAACAACUACUACAACACCACAAGAAUCGAUAGAUCUGCAACAACAACUUGUGAUACAGGAUCAAGUUUAUCCUAAUUUAACUAUGCCCAUGCAGACUCCUCUGAUCGAAACUUUUAAAAGAAAAAAUCAGUCAACAAGAGUUUUCUAUGAAGUGUUGCAAGAGGAACUCAUAGAUGAUAAAUGGGCAUGGCGUAAGUAUGGUCAGAAGUCAAUCAAAGGUUCUCCAUUCCCGAGAUCUCUUGCUUUAUACAACAAUAGUUUCAAACGCAAACUUCCAAAAAGUAUAAAUAUUGUGCCCAAAGCGUUAAACUUGAAUGCAUCAUCAUCCUCGUCCAAGCGUGCUAAGCGUUUCAAAGUUGACACAUCUUUAAUUAGUCCAUUUGCACCUACACUUGAAAUUGAGAGAAAUAAUGAAAUGGUUGAUGUUGACGUAGAGAACAAAGACGAUAUUGAAGAGGAGGAGAACACGUAUGACAAUAUUUUCAUGGAUUUUGAAGAACUCCAUGAAUUACUACUUCCAUCUAAUGGGAAUGAAAUAGACAAGAGGAAUUGA